AUGAUGAAACUUCAUCAUCGGCGAGUGUGGAUCAGAGUUAUCAACUUUGGAGGAGAAAUCCCCCUCGAGAUUUGAAGUUAAAUAAAUUCUUCAGAGUAUCAAAGGGAAAGGUUGUAAAAGAUGUUCAAUUUAAUAUCAACAAGCGAAAAUUAAAAAAUCGGCAAGAUGAGGAUGAAGGGGAUGUUGAUGAUUGGUCUGAUUGCGAGAAGUGUUACAGAUUGCAGAAACAAUUUUGUAAAUUUUGUGGGUGUUUCAGAUGUGAACAAAAGAAUGAUCCAGCUCAUAUUUUAUUAUGCGAUGGUAAUUGUGGUAAUGGUUAUCAUACCUAUUGUUUAAAGCCUCCGAUUGAUGAAAUACCUUCUGGAAAUUGGUACUGUGAUGAGUGUAGAUCUUUAGAUACGAAACAGGUCGAGUCUGAAUCCUCUAGAUCUAAGGGAAAGGAAGUGGUUUUAACAAGUGAUGAGAUUCAAAUUCCAUUAGAAAGAAAUGAUUCGUUGGGAUUGAGUCAACCUAUGUCUGGAAUUGUAAUAUCAUCGCAGGGUUCAUUAACUAAUAUUGAUUCCUCGAAGUUAAAUGAUGAUAAUCAACAAUCUGAUAUUGAGAUAU